AUGUCAAUAUUUAAACCAGUUGAAAGGUCAUUGUAUGAAGUAAUAAUUUAUAAUGAGCCAAGUGUUAUACAAUCUACACCAAGUCCUAUCAUAGAAAUACCAGAAAGCAGAGUUAUAAAAACACCAAAAAUUGUUAAAGCAAUUAUUCCAAAGAAAGGAAAAGGAAAAAGGUUUUGGAGUCCUGAAGAAAAGGCAUUUGCAAUUGAAAAAGCAAAAUUAAUUGGAUUAUCUAAAGCAGCAAGAGUUCUUCAAAAUGAUUAUUGUAAUAUUUAUGGAGAUUUAUCACCAAGUACUUUACAAUAUUGGGUUUCAAGAGAUAAAGAAAAUAUUUCUCAUUAA